AUGACUUCUGCCGUCGCGCAGGGUAUCGACUUGGUCGAUGCGCAUCCGACAGUCGCCACGGGUGACUGGGAGAUUCCCACAGACGAGGAUUGGGCAACGCUGCGGAAAGUCUCCGGCCGCAUCUCGGCCAAGGCGGCAUCCGUCGCCAUCAUCGAGGCUGCUGAACGCUUCAGCUACUAUGGAAGCACUGUCUCCUUUACAAACUUCAUUCAAAGACCCUUGCCGCCAGGGUCCAAGACGGGCGCUGGUUUCGCUGUUGGCUUGACCCAGUCAGGGGCACUCGGACAAGGUCAGCGUACUGCGACAGCGUUGACUACGUUCAACUCCUUCUGGGCUUAUGUGAUGCCGACCCUUGGCGCUUACUUGGCAGACGCUCAUUGGGGUCGGUACAGGACCAUUCAGUAUGCAAUUGGCGCUGCCAUCAUUGGGCACAUCAUUCUUGUCGUUGCAGCCAUCCCGUCUGUCAUUGCUGUCCCAUCGACUUCCUUGGGCAUCUUCACCAUUGGCAUUGUUACCGUGGGACUCGGUACCGGCGGCUUCAAGUCGAAUGUCAGCAUCUUGAUUGCUGAGCAAUAUACAGACCCAGCGCACGUCAAGACGCUCCCGAGUGGCGAACGCGUCAUCGUCGACCUAGUCACCACUGCCUCGUCUCUUUAUCUUUACUUCUACAUGGCUAUCAACUUUGGUGCAUUAUUUGGACAAAUUUGUAUGACAUUUGCGUCCAACUACGUCGGCUUCUGGCUUGGGUGGACUUUACCUACCAUCAUUUUCAGCUUCUGUCCGUUCAUCAUGUGGUUCUUUCGCAAGCAGUAUGUCAGGACCCCGCCUACCGAGUCUGUGGUGGCGAAGGCGGCCAAAGCUGUUGGUCUGUGCUUCAGGGGCCGAGGGUCAUGGAAUCCGGUACGGUUCUAUCGCAAUUGCAAAAAAGACGACUUUUGGCAAAGUGCAAAGCCAUCAGUGAUCCUUGCUCGUGGUGAUGCCCUGCCAAGCUACAUGAAUUGGGACGACCAGUGGAUUGAUGAACUCCGUCGUGGAAUCAAGAGUUGUGCCGUCUUCACAUUCAUGCCCCUGUUCUGGCUCUCCUAUAACCAGGGCUCUGGCAACCUUACUUCCCAAGCUGCCACGAUGGACAGGGGAAAUGUUCCAAAUGAUCUGAUUAGUAACCUCAACCCAAUCACGCUCAUCAUCUUCAUCCCCAUCUGCGACAAGUUCCUUUAUCCCUUCCUGGCUAGACGCGGCAUCAACUUUACUCCAAUCAAGCGCAUUACUUGUGGGUUUUUCCUUGCAGCAAUUGCUAUGAUCUGGUCAGCCGUCACGCAACACUAUAUUUACAAGACUGGUGCUUGUGGAAAGUACAUGAACACUUGCGAGGAGAUUGCCUACGCACCUAUCAAUGUCUGGAUCCAGUCCGGAUCCUAUGUGAUAAUCGCCUUUUCAGAGAUCUUUGCAAGUGUCACUUGCCUGGAGUUUGCCUACACACACAGCCCAUCGAACCUGCGUUCGGUGGUCAUGAGUAUGUUCCUUUUCAGUUCAGCAGUGGCUAGUGCUCUUGGCCAGGCACUUGUGGCCUUAUCCGAUGAUCCGCUCUUGGUCUGGAACUACGUCGUUACCGCAAUAUUGGCCUUUAUCGGAGGUGUUGCAUUCUGGUAUACAUUCCGGAGCCUGGAUGCUGAAGAGGAUGUUCUUACUCGACUGCCCAAGACGACCUUCAUUGGCAAGACGAAGGAUUUUGAAGAAAAGUAG